AUGUUUUGUUCAACAUGCGGUUACAACUUAGAGGAAACGUUUAAUUUUUGCCCAAAUUGCGGUACAAGAACUGCACGUCCAUCGGCGGAGGGUGAGGUAGAUUCCACUACAGUGCAUUCUGAAGCUGAGGGUGAGAAAGAAGCAAUUGAAAGUUACUUCUUUGCAGGGUAUGAAUACGAUACAAUGCUAUGUUUCCUAAGUAAGCAUCAUGGCAUCACUAUGUCAUUGUCGACACUUAAAAGGCUUUUAAAGCAGUAUGAACUAAAAAGAAAAACAGGCGACGAA